UUGGAGUGAGUGUUCCGCAGCGGCCGCCAGGCAAGUCUGCGCUAGCCCGAUGCAGCUCCUCCCACCUUCUGCUCGCGUGGGGACCAAAAAUGCAAAGGGAGUCCCUGCAAAGUUCUUCACUGCCACAAUUUCUGCCCCAAAGGUAGCUCUCCAGGGCAUAAAGAACUAGCUACUGAACAGCUGCAGUAAAAAUACUAAAACCAUACCAGAGUUGGAGGCUGACCAGGGACUUCCAAGGGACACAAAGCAGAGUUCCAGCAUCCAUCUGCUUGUGGAACAGGACUACAAUGGAUGCUAAAAAGCCAAGGAAAUGCAGUUUAACAUCCUUCCCAGUUUUGAAAACAAGAAAGAAACAGGAUGUCAACCCUGUGAAGGUUGAGUGUAAGCCUUUGGUUCAAGUCCAGAAGCCACCUCCCAAGAUCAAGAACCUCAGAAAGACUCGACUCUUGCCUAAGAAUACAAACACCAGCAUUACUUCACUCCCUUUUGUGGAUACCAAGGGGAAGAAGAACAUGGUUAACCUCCCACACAUCAGCAACAAAAUCUUGCUAAAGCCACCCUUGCUGUAUCAGGAGAAUCAGACUCACAAUCAGAUGUCAGCUUCUGAGCUCAAAACUUCAGAAAUGCCUUUCCAUUCAAGCAUUAAAACCCAAGAUUCCAAGCCAGAGGAGAAACCACCAAGAAAGCACAAGGUGCCUCUGACAGCAGCAGAGGCCUUAAAGUUUUUUAAGAACCAGCUGUCUUCUUAUGAACAAAGUGAGAUCCUGGGCUACACGGAGCUGUGGUUCCUGGGGCUGGAAGCAAAGAAGCUCCACGUGACUCCUGAGUUCAGCAAAACGAGUUUUGAUGAUGAACAUGGCUCCUAUAUGAAGGUCCUGCAUGACCACAUUGCCUACCGCUAUGAAGUUUUGGAGAUGAUCGGGAAAGGGUCCUUUGGACAGGUGGCCAAGUGCUUGGAUCACAAAAAUAAUGAGUUGGUGGCCUUGAAAAUCAUCAGGAACAAGAAGAGAUUUCACCACCAGGCACUGGUGGAGCUGAAGAUCCUGGAGGCUCUCAGAAGGAAGGACAAAGACAACACCUACAAUGUGGUGCACAUGAAAGACUUUUUCUAUUUUCGCAAUCAUCUCUGCAUCACCUUUGAACUCUUGGGAAUCAACUUGUAUGAGCUGAUGAAGAAUAAUAGCUUUCAAGGCUUCAGUCUGUCAAUAGUUCGGCGCUUCACCCUCUCUGUUUUGAAGUGUUUGCAAAUGCUUUAUGUAGAGAAAAUCAUUCACUGUGAUCUCAAGCCUGAGAAUAUAGUGUUAUACCAAAAGGGCCAAGUCUCUGUUAAGGUCAUUGACUUUGGAUCAAGUUGUUAUGAACACCAGAAAGUAUAUACCUAUAUCCAAAGCCGGUUCUACAGAUCCCCAGAAGUGAUUCUAGGCCAUCCCUACAACAUGGCCAUUGAUAUGUGGAGCCUGGGCUGCAUCAUGGCUGAGUUGUACACGGGCUACCCUCUGUUUCCUGGGGAGAAUGAAGUAGAGCAGCUAGCCUGCAUCAUGGAGGUGCUGGGCCUGCCGCCAACCCACUUCAUUCAGACAGCCUCCAGGAGACAGACAUUUUUUGAUUCCAAAGGUUUUCCUAAAAAUAUGACCAACAACAGGGGGAGAAAAAGAUACCCAGAUUCCAAGGAUCUCAUGAUGGUGCUGAAAACCUACGAUGCCAGCUUCCUGGACUUUCUCAGAAGAUGUUUGGUAUGGGAACCUUCUCUUCGCAUGACCCCUGACCAGGCCCUCAAGCAUGCUUGGAUUCAUGAGCCACGGAAUUUCAAACCACGGUCCAGGCCCCAGACCCUGAGGAAACCCAGUCUCUGUUUCCCCUCUGAGGCUCGGAAGGAAAAGGUUCAAGGGCAUCAUCCCUUGGGCAAAAAAGAGGUGACCAUCAAAGAAGAGACCAUAGACAAAGUAAAAGGUGGCACCACUAAGCAGGUUCAGAAUUCAGGUGAUCAGCAGGGCAUUCUCCAGCACACAUCUGAAGUUGUCCAGUUGCCUCAGCUAACAGAAGCUUCCAGAAAGCCAGAGGCAGUUGUUGGACCAGAGGAGUCCAAAACCUCCCCAGGGCAUCGAAGUAAAAACUCCUCAUCCAAAAACAUGAAUAUUUUACCACCUAUUGUAUGACCUUUGCUGAAGGUGUGUCCUGUUCCUUUCCACCAAGGAUUUUUAUUAGAGACAGCACUUACAUUGUACAAUA